GCUGGCACAGGACGCACGCGGGCUCCGAGGGGUUUGCACUCCACAGCGCGGACGAAAACCCACGCGACAUGAACGCGACACCGCUACGGAUCUAUGCGUGACUUCUUCCCAAAUGGAGACGAGAUUUUGACGUUUUUUGUAAGGGGGGACACGUUUGUUUUUUACUCCUGGUUUGGUUUUUUUUUUUGGUUGUUUUUACGUCGGACCUCGCGUGCGUAAAAACGGAGCCGUGGAGUUAACGGAGCGCUUACGGAUUCGGACUUAACUCCCCCCAAACUUGUGAUCUGGAAGUUUUAAUCUCAUGACUUUGGGAAAAACAGCGAAUUAGCUCAGGUCUUUUUUUUUUUUUUUUUUUUUUUUUUUUUUUGAAGCCGUGCGAAACAUCAGCGACGCUUCAAUGACUCGGCGUGCACAUAUUUAAUUCCCGAUGAUCGCGUCUUGGAUUAUCGCUGAAGCGGCGUAGUUUCCUGAGUGGAAUUUUCAUUUUAUUUUCCAGUUUCCGUGGGGGAAUUUUGUGUUCGUGAGGAAGAAAAAGAAAGAGAAAAUCGCUUGGGAACUGUUAAAGUUUUUCGCCAGCAUGGAUUGUGUUUCGUCAUUUCUUGGAUUUUUGCUGUUACAUCUCGCGUUACGAAUCAACGGGCAAGACGCUCCGGAGUGCGGCGGGAUGCUGGACGCCAGCGAGGCCGGGUACAUCACGUCGCCCGGGUACCCGCUGGAGUACCCGCCCCAUCAGAACUGUCACUGGGUCAUCACGGCUCCAGAACCGACCCAGCGCAUCGCCCUCAACUUCAACCCGCACUUCGAGAUCGAGAGGCUGGACUGCAAGUACGACUUCAUCGAGAUCCGAGACGGGACUUCGGAAAACGCGGACGUCCUGGGGCGUCACUGCAGCAACAUCGCUCCCCCUCCGAUCAUCUCGUCCGGUCCGGCUCUGCAGAUCCGGUUCGUGUCCGACUACGCCCACCAGGGGGCCGGCUUCUCUCUGCGCUACGAGAUCUACAAAACCGGUUCGGAGUUCUGCUUCCGUAACUUCAGCAGUCCGUCCGGGAUGAUCGAGUCUCCGGGUUUUCCGGACAAAUAUCCUCACAACCUGGAGUGUUCGUACAUGAUCAUCGCCCCGCCCCUCACCGACAUCACGCUCACCUUCACCACCUUCGACCUGGAGAACGACCCCCUGCAGGUGGGCGAGGGCGACUGCAAGUACGACUGGCUGGACGUGUGGGACGGCCUGCCCCAAGUGUCUCCUCUGAUUGGUCGGUACUGCGGGACAAAGAUCCCUCCUGAGAUCCGGUCUUCGUCCGGACUCCUGUCCCUGUCCUUCCACACGGACAUGGCCGUCGCUAAAGACGGAUUCUCCGCUCGAUACAACAUGACGCACAAAGAAGUCAGCGACUCGUUCCACUGCAGUCUGGCGUUGGGGAUGGAGUCGGGGAAAAUCAGCGACGACCAGAUUUCGGCGUCCACCACGUUUUACGACAAUCGCUGGUUGCCGCGGCAAGCUCGCCUCAACAACGACGACAACGCCUGGACGCCGUCCGAGGACAGCAACAAGGAGUUCAUACAGGUGGACCUUCACUUCCUCAAAGUCCUGACCGGGAUCGCCACGCAGGGGGCCGUUUCCAAGGAGACGCAAAAGUCCUACUUCGUGACAUCGUUCAAGCUGGAGGUCAGCACCAACGGGGAGGACUGGAUGGUUUACCGCCUCGGCAAGAACCACAAGAUCUUCCACGCGAACACAGAUCCUGCAGAGGUGGUGUUGAACCGAGUCCCUCAGCCGGUGUUGGCUCGUUUUGUUCGGAUCCGACCUCAGACCUGGAAGAACGGGAUCGCCCUGCGCUUCGAGCUCUACGGCUGUCAGAUCACAGACGCUCCGUGCUCCGAGCUCCAGGGGAUGCUCUCGGGGCUCCUCCCUGACGCUCAGAUCUCGGCGUCGUCGUACAGGGACAUGGUGUGGAGCCCCGGCACCGCCCGCCUCGUGGCCAGUCGCUCCGGGUGGUUCCCCGCGUCGGUGCAGCCCAUCGUCGGCGAGGAGUGGCUACAGGUGGACCUGGGUGUUCCUAAAACGGUCCGUGGCGUGAUCACUCAGGGCGCUCGAGGCACAGACGCAGAGAGCGGCGCCACGGGGGAAAACCGAGCCUUCGUCCGGAAGUAUAAAGUGGCCUACAGCGUCACCGGGAAAGACUGGAACUUUGUCAUGGACAGCAAGACCAGCAUGCCCAAGAUUUUCGAGGGGAACCUGCACUACGACACCCCGGAGCUGCGUCACUUCGAGGAGGUGGUGGCUCAGUUCGUGCGUUUGUACCCGGAGCGCUGGUCUCCUGCCGGGAUCGGGAUGAGAGCCGAGAUCCUGGGAUGUGAUCUUCCAGAACUGUCCACUCCUGCUGACACGGUGACGCCCACUCUGCCUCCUGUCACCGAGACGACCACUGUUACCGUGACGACAACAGCAGCCACAGCGCCCCCUGCAGACGCGGCGUGUGACUUCGACCACGGUCUGUGUGGAUGGACCCACGACCCCAACGCCCCCCUCAUGUGGUCACUACACAGUCAUGAGUUGAACAGUUACCUCCACAUCGACGCGAGCCUGAAGACCCAGAGGCAGCGCGCCCGCCUGCUCGGCCCCGCGGUGGGCGCCGACUCCGGGCCCCUGUGCCUCGUCUUCUCGUACCAGAUGUGGGGCGAGGCGGAGGGGCACCUGAACGUGAUCCUGCGAGACGACCAGCAGGAGGAGACGCUGCUCUGGACCCUGACCAACGACCAGGGCCCCGUGUGGAAGGAGGGACGCACCAUCCUGCCCCGCUCCCCCAAGGACUUCCAGGUGGUGAUGGAGGGUUUCUUCGACCACGGGACUCGGGGACACGUUUGGAUCGACAACCUGCACAUCAGCUCAGGAGUGCCCCUAGAGGACUGCACACAACCGAUCGCUGCCUUUUCUCCAGAAGUCACCGAAGUGAGAAAACCAGUGGAGUCUGGAGACGGACGACUGUUCAGUGGAAGAAACUCGCUCAACGGAGGCGUCCCGUUCUCCGACUGGAACACGCCGUCGCCGUCGUCGGACCCGCCCGUCACGCUGGUGUCGGAGAAGGACAACUCCUGGCUGUACACGCUGGACCCCAUCCUGGUGACCAUCAUCGUCAUGUCGUCCCUGGGCGUCCUGCUGGGGGCCGUGUGCGCCGGGCUGCUCCUCUACUGCACGUGCUCCUACAGCGGCCUGUCGUCGCGGUCGUCCACCACGCUCGAGAACUACAACUUCGAACUGUACGACGGCCUCAAGCACAAAGUCAAGCUCAACCAACAACGGUGCUGCACGGAGGCGUGA